GAAAGAUUCGUUCACGAGUCGGACGGACGCCGCUUAAGAGAAAGAGGGGCUCCACAGAGAGACAUACAGUCGGCAUAUUAAUGAAAGUGAACAGCUCGGUGUGUCCGCCAUGUAAGCGGAGGACUGUGCGACUGAACUCGCCUUUAUUGAAUGGAGUCUGAAGUCCAGCGUUUGUGAUUGACGCGUCCGUACAGAUGCUGGCGGCUCCGGUCGCGCCGGGGGAAGGAGAGGUUCUGACAUCGUUAGAUUUGUUGUUACUAUAAUCAGCUGACCGGUGCUGGAAUCCUCCGUGUGCUGUUUUCUAGAAAGCGGUGACAGCGAUGAGCGCUUGUCAGGACGAAACGUCUUUAAGUUGUUCGCAAAGCAGAGAAAAUGUCAGCGGCGAUGAAUGGGGAAGGAUGGAGGAAUCGUGCGCGUCCUGCUUCGACGAACCCACGGGCGACGCGAUACGCGCCGAGAUGGACGCGGCGCAGCCGGGCACAGACGGACAUGUGCCGCUGCCCCGAGGCCAACCCCAGCUGAUGCUAGGCCUGGUGGAGGAGGGGUUCGCCGGCUAUCACGGCCGUCUCGGCUCCGACCCGGACUCCGAUUAUCUCGACAUCACCGGAGACCUCAACUACAGCGAAAGUGACGGGAACGUCGCCACGAAGAAGCGCAACCGCUCCAACAGCUCGCGGCACCGCGGGGAAGUCGUCACGGAGCUCGGACCCGAGGAGGUGCGCUGGUUCUACAAAGAGGACAAGCGGACCUGGAAACCGUUUGUCGGACACGAUUCUUUGAAAAUCGAGUUGGCUUAUCGCAAAUACUGCGAACUUAAUCCUAACGAGGUCAGACGGAGGGAUGCGGGCGAAGAAGCGGAGGAUUUAUUCGAGGCACCGUCAGGAGGCGAAGCACCGGAGGUCCGGAGACAGUCGGUCCCCGAGCGCGCGGAGGCUGGAGGCUCCCCGGAAGAGACCGAGCUGGAUUCAGAGAGCAUCGAGGUGGACGCGGUGUGUGUCCGUGGAGGACUGUACGAGGUGGACAUCCACAAGAAAGACUGUUAUCCCGUUUACUGGAACCAACAGGACCACAUCCCAGUCAUGAGAGGCCAGUGGUUCACGGACGGGACCUGGCUGCCCCUGGAGGAGGAGGACAGUGACCUCAUUGAACUGGAGCACCUGGACCGUUUCCGAGGCCGGCAGAUGAAAGACACUUUUGACAUGGAAGCGGUGGCCACAACGGUGGACAGCAAAGAUGCCAUUCACAGUCUGAAACUGAGCCGGAGCCACGUGGACUGGCACAGUGUGGAUGAAGUGUACCUUUACAGCGAUGCUACUACUUCAAAGAUCGCACGGACUGUUACUCAGAAACUGGGAUUCUCCAAAGCGUCCAGCAGUGGGACCCGUCUCCAUCGAGGUUAUGUAGAGGAGGCAGCUCUAGAGGACACGCCCCCUGAAACAACACACAUAGUCUUUGUGGUACAUGGGAUUGGCCAGAAGAUGGACCAGGGGCGUAUCAUUAGAAAUACAAGCAUGAUGCGUGAUGCUGCCCGCAAGAUGGAGGAGAAGCACUUUUCUGACCGAAUAAAUGAACACGUUGAGUUCCUUCCUGUGGAAUGGCGAUCUAAACUCACCCUUGAUGGAGACACUGUGGACUCCAUUACUCCAGACAAAGUGCGAGGUCUAAGAGACAUGCUGAACAGCAGUGCCAUGGACAUUAUGUACUACACAAGCCCUUUGUACAGGGAUGAGAUCACCCGGGGUCUGACCAAAGAGUUGAACCGACUCUACACGCUCUUUUGUGAGCGCAACCCAGAAUUUGCAGAGAAAGGAAAGGUGUCCAUCGUCUCCCACUCACUUGGGUGCGUCAUCACCUUUGACAUCAUGACAGGGUGGGACCCUGUGCGCUUUGUUCAUGAAGAGGUGCCAGAUGCCAUGGAGGCUGAUGUUAGCAGACAAGAACGUCAGCUACAGGAGGAUCUUCGUAACACAUGCUUAAGAAUGAGGGAUUUGGAGGAUAAGCUCUGGCGUUGCCAAACCUCAUCCUCAAGACCCUCUCCAGCCCUGAAAUUCAAGGUGGAGAACUUCUUCUGUAUGGGAUCUCCUCUGGCUGUGUUCUUGGCUUUGCGAGGUGUCCGUCCUGGAACCAACGGAACACAAGACAACAUCUUACCCAAAUCCAUCUGCCAGAGGCUUUUCAACAUCUUCCAUCCCACUGAUCCUGUAGCAUACAGGUUGGAACCUCUCAUCCUGAAACAUUAUAGUAAUAUAGCACCGGUCCAAAUUCACUGGUACAACACCACCAGCCCCACACCGUAUGACCAGAUCCGUCCCACUCUACUGAAUCCGUCAAAGGAAAGUGCUUCCGUGUCUGAUACAGAGAGCCUUCCGAGCCCCUGCACCUCCCCUCCACAGCCCCGCAGACACUACGGCGAGUCUAUCACCAGCCUGGGCAAGGCCAGCAUCAUGGGAGCGGCAAGUAUAGGUAAAGGCAUUGGUGGUAUCCUGUUCUCCAGAUUUUCCCGCUCUAGUGGACAGGUGGGUAGUGUGGAGGAGGAGCCAUCAGACUCUGAAGGAGGGGCUUGUGAGAAAGGGGAAGAUGGACGGCUUGUGGAGUUAGACGAUAUAGUUGAGGAAAAGACAGAGGAGAAGAUCGAGGAGAAGACAGGAGACACCAGCAUGUCACAAUCAGCCUCUGCCAUUAUGGAUAACUCAUCCUUUGAGCUUGAGAACCGCAUCGACUUUGAGCUGAGGGAGGGCCUGGUGGAGAGCCGCUAUUGGUCGGCGGUGACGUCACACACAGCCUAUUGGUGCUCCCACGAUGUGGCUCUGUUUCUGCUAACAUUCAUGUACAGGCCAAAUGAAGCGAAUGACAUGCCAGAGGACAACCCUGAGUCAUAACAAACA